GCUGUUGUAUGUUUACUUUCUUCUCUGCUGGGUUCUCAUCAUGGCUCCCAGAAGCAUCAUGAUUAUCCCCAUCACCCUCUUCUUCAUAGUGGGAAUACUGAGCCCAGGCCAGGCUGUUGGUUUUCGCAUCAGAAACUGCUGUACAAGAUACAGCAAUAAAGUAGUCGUCUUGGAGCAUAUCAAAGGCUACCAGGAGCAAAUCACUCUGGAAUUUUGCCGCAUCAACGCCAUCAUUUUCUACACCACCAGUAACCAAAGAGUCUGUGCGAAUCCGGAGGAUGAGUGGGUGAAGCAAACUCUCAGAUCACUGAGGCAGAAGAAGAUUAAAUUGUAGGAAUAUUUUGAUUAAAAUUUUUUUAAGUCCAAGAACACCGGAGGUCAAAAAACUGUAAAGAGAAAACCUGAAAACCUUCCCAUCCGUGAUGGAAGUGGAUCUUUUAACAGUAAAUCAGAAUCCUUCCGAAAUGAUGAAGUACUGAUUUACAAAGAAAGAAAAUGUUUUUGAAGUGAUAAUUUGUAACAAGAGAGUUUGGAGAUUUUAAUCUUCUGUAAUCAAAUAUUUACAAGAAUGUAACUUGUUAUUAACUGCUAUUACCUUUAAUUUCGUCACAUUCAAUAAAUUAGAAUAUUAUGAAAAAGUUCAUUUUUUUAGCAACUCAAUUCACUAAGCAAAACACAUGUAGAUUAAUACCACACAGACUUAUAUAGAAGCAGACUUCUAGGGUGUCAUCUUGUAUUCUCUUUAUCCUUCUUUCUUUCCUUUACUCUUUUCUCCUCUCCCUUUUAACUUCUUGCCCCACCUCUCUCCCUUUCUGUUCUUUUUUAUCCUUUCAUUUCCGUCUCCGUGUCCAUUGCAUUCAAAAUAAUCCUAAAGCAAUUUCUAAUAACGUUUUAAUAAAUAUAUAUAUAACAAGCGGAGCAUUAUAGUGAAACCUCCACUUGUGAACGUAAAUCUGUUGGGCUUCUUCUUGGCACUUUGACAACAACUCUGAGUGCCGCUCUGCCGGUCAGAACACAUUUCUUAAACAAAGCAAACCUGCGUAAAGGUUGUUAUUUUCAAAAGAUACUUUUAAUUUCACAAAUCAGCCUCAUCAGAACACAUCUUUUAAUUUAAACUGUACUUGCUUUUAAUCCUAAUGGCUUAGUCAUGUUGAUUUAUUGACAGAUUUAAGAGGUAAUGUGAGAGAGUGAAAACUAAAAAUAGCUUUAAAAUAGUAACAUUUUUCACAACUUAGAAAAUAUUAUUAAAUGUCUACCAAUACAUCAUUAUGUACUUAAACAUGCUAAUCAUUUUACACAAAUAAAAAAACGCAUAAAAGGUU